CUCACUGAAUAUUUUGGUUUUCCGUAGGAAAUUUUGUGGCAAUCGUGUAUCACGCUGAAAUAUAAUAGAAAAUGGAACAACAAACUUUCAAACUUCGAGUGUGUUUAGUUCACGUUAAAAUUGAAAGUUUGAUUGAAAUUGGAACGAAAGUUUGUGUGAGUAGAAAAGUUUUGAUGUGAUGAAAAGUUGGAAGUUUGAAGAAAAAGUUAGAAACUAAACCGGGCCUUCAUGGACGUUGUAAUCUCAAUUUUUUUUUUCAUACGGAGCCAUAGCUUUUAAAUUUAUAGAAGUUUUUAACAUUCGAAAACCAUUGGGAGAGAAUCGGAAAUCCUCGCCAAAAAAAACAUAAAAAACACGGGGGAUUUUCCUUCACAUAGUAAAAGUAUUCUGAUUGAAUUUGGAAAGUAAUUACGCUAAUUUCUAAACCAUAAUAAACAACACCAGUAAACGAAAAAUAAUCGUCGUCCCGCCACGAAAAAUUUUGAAACUCGCGAACUCGCGGGAAACCAAACGCGCUCAGCCGCUCAGGCGCGAGCGGCUUCUUUUCCCCUCCUCUCCCAAAUCCAACCACAAGAAGAGGAGGAGGAGGCCACCGUUCGCAUCCGCCGGAUGCCACCGCCGCCGACGACGACGACGCCGCCAUGACCGGCGCCGCCGCAUGGCCGGUCUGCACCAUCUGCUACGAGGACCUCCGCCCGCUCUCCGACCAGCACCUCCACUGCCUCCCCGCCUGCGGCCACGUCUUCCACGCCCUCUGUUUGGAGCAAUGGCUGGAGUACUGCCCGGGCGGGAAGAAGAAGCUCACCUGCCCCAUCUGCAAGCAGCCAUGCGGCGCCGCCCACCCACCGACCCGCCUCUUCUUCCAAUCCACCGGCGCGUGCCCCACGCAGACCGCCUCCUCCUCCCCCUCGCGGCACGAGCCCACCGAUGGCGGCGCCGACCGGGAUGAGCUCGCCGCCGAGGUCGCGCGGCUGGAGCAGAAGGCCGCCUCCCUCGGCAGGGUGCUCGACGAGCAGCGCGACGGGAUCCAGAAGCUCAACGCCGAGGUUGCUAUGUGGAGGGAGAAGGCGGCCGAGGCGGAGGUGAUGAAGGAAUCGGUCAGGAGGGAGAAAGAAUGUGUUCAGCAUCUGCUCAAUGCGAAAACAGAGGAAUUGUCAAGGAAGUCAUCAGAAUGUGGCAGGUUGCAGGAGAAGGGCCUCUCAUUGGCGAAGGAACUUGCAGCAUUGAAGCUGUCGACAGAUAUGAACCUUCAGGAGGAAGAGAUCCUUAAGUUGGCAUCACUUGGUAACCAUGGAAAUGCUGCGAAUGCGGUUGAUGUUUUGACGAGAUCUCUUGCUCUUCGGAACAAGAGCUACAAAGAAUUGAUGAUCCAAUGCAAUGUUCUGGGAAGAUCAGAAUCUCGUUCCCAGCAGAGGUUUGAGAAGGCAAAAGAACUCAUUAAGAAGUUAAAGGCAAGAGUACAAGACCUUGAGAAGGAACAAGAAGAAAAAGAAAAUGGUGUGAUUAGGGACCUGAGGUCUGCAAAGAAAUUUAAAGCUGACCAGACAAAUUCAGGAAAUACCACAGUUAAUAAUGGUUUCUCGGGUCUUGCUGCUGGAUGUGGAGAUUAUCCGAUGAAGCUCGAUGAAGUGGUGCAGGAUCCAUGCGACAAGCCUGGGCCAUCACCUGAAGCUAAAAAUGACCUGAAUAUAAAAGACAAAAUGGACGACAAGCAUGCGGAUGUGAUUGACUUAGAUGCUGAUGAUUCUGUCUUCCAACAUGAACACAAGAAAGGACUUUCUGCCAAACCAUUUGGGAACGAUGGUAACGAUUUGGAUUUCAAAAGUCGGUCUAGUCUUCAAGAACAUUAUAGGAAGGAAUCCAUAACAUGCAAGACAUAUGUAGCAGAGGAAAAUUCCUUUCUAAAACCUUCCAUGGUAACUGAAAGAUCAGCACUUCAGGAGAGCUUUACCACAAACAAACUUCAAAGCUUUCAAGAAACUCCUGUUCUAAGAAGUAUGAAAGCUACAACUUCGACAUGGGAGAAAGAAACACUGACGAUUGAUGGCAUCUCUAAACAAGCUACUAGAAUGGCUCCUGGCACUGGACCCCAGCAGGUUCACAAUUUCAAUUCUCUUUCAGAUGACUUCCAAAUACCAAUUAGAAAUCUUGGUGGAGAGGGAACAGGAAAAAGCGUCGGCAAAUGGUGCAAGGGCGUAGCUACCCCUGGAUCUCUCAACACAAAUGCAAAUAAAAGGAAUCUGAUCGCCGUAGGGCCAGACGGACGUGGGGGAAAGGUCAAAAUUUUGAGAGAUCUUGGCAAAUUCCAAGAUAGCAAGACUCAAGCACUAUGGCCUAAGGCACAGAAGGUUGGAAGCAGAGGUGGGCAAUCUCAGAUAGAUCAUUUCUUUGGGAAGAGAUGAUCCUGCUGCGCAAGCUAUGCUAAUAUAUACCACUUUCAAACUCUUGCCUCUGUUGCUGCGGUCAAAUUCUGUUUGGAGAACUAUUUGAUGUCCUGCAUCUGUACUUGUGUAGAAUCCAUUGCACUUAAGGUGAAAGCUGAAUCCAAAUUUCGCAGUGUCAUCACUAUUGGGCCUGAGGGGAUAGAUAGAGCUUGUAAACAAUGAGCUGUGUAGGAAACCUGAAUUCCUCUGUUCCUCAGAGGCUCAGGUGGUCAUGUGUACCACAUUGCUAAACAUUGUGUAUUGAUAGAGCUGAGGAGAUAACAGGUGGCUUAGCUCACUUGAUCCACAUGCAAAUACAUUGCAAGCUGCCCUUUGGCUAA